AUGCCUGAGAAUACACAAAAUACUAAUACACAAAUUGAUCCUGCUCAAGAUCCUUCAUCACCAUACUAUGUUCAUCCUAGUGAUUCACAGUAUAAACUAGUUAACAAUCAGUUCAAUGGAAGUGGAUAUAAUGACUGGAAACGAUCUGUAAUCAUUGGACUCUCUGCUAAGAACAAGUUAGGGUUCAUAGAUGGCACUAUAACCAAGCCUAGUAGUACUUCACCAUUGUUGAAAGCCUGGACAAGAUGCAACAGUACAUUGAUUGCUUGGUUUACACAAAUUCUUGAUGUUACCAUUGCUAGAAGUGUGUUAUACUUUGAAACUGCACAAGAAAUCUGUCUGCAACAGCAGAUAGCUGAUCUUGAUCAAGAAUCAGAUAGUGUAUCAAGUUUCUACACUAAACUCAAGAUGAUCUGGGAUGAUCUUGAUGCUCACAAUCCCCUACCAAUCUGUACAUGUAACAAUUGUACUUGUGAUGUCACAAGAAAAGUGCUGAAAAUGCAGGAAGAUCAGAGACUUACUUUGUUCCUUAUGAAGCUCAGAGAAGAGUUUAAACAAGCAAGAGGUACAAUCCUUAUGCAACAUCCUUUGGCUUCAUUAUCUCAUGCUUAUAGACUAUUGAUGCAAGAAGAACGUCACAAAGAAGUAUAUGUUGUUGUUCAUAACAAUGAUGAACCUAUGGCUUUCAAUGCCAGUAAUACUAAGAAAAGGUUUUAUGACCAAGCAUCUGAAUCUGACAAGUAUGGUUCAAGUUAUAAUAGGUCUAAUAUUGGUGAUAGAUCUAACACUGGUGAUAGAUAUCUUCCACCAAGAGUUUCUUAUCAAGGAAAUCAAGGAAGAAGACCAUUCUGUAAUCAUUUGUAA